UUCGAAUUUACAGACUACGCUGCUCAGUGGUGGGGAAGAAUUCGUCUCCGACGAUGGCAGAACUUGCAGCAAGAGGUGACGGACUGGGAAGAGCUACAUGGAUUAAUGCGCGAUCGAUUCAUGCCGGCGUACUAUUAGAGGGAGCUCCACGAAUCGUUGCAAGCGAUUCGACAAGAAGGACGGAGCGUGGAGGAGUACUUUCGUGAAUUGGAGCUUCUCCUAAUGAGAGCUGAUGUGCGAGAAGACAGGGAGGCGACAAUCGCUUGAUUUCUCCAUGGAUUGCAUCAAGAAAUCAUGCAAGAAGUCGACUUGAGGUCCUUUGUAGACCUAGAAGAAGCCUUGCACCUUGCCAUCAAGAUCGAGAAACAGCAAAAGGGGGUGACUAGCAGGAAGUUUGCUCCGGCGAACAAACAAAGAGUCAAGGUGGUGGGUGAAUCCAAUUUGACUCAAACACGGCCUGAACUAACCAAACGUGUUACCAGGAGCUCAAACCCAGCUCCAAUCGAGCGUUCUGGAGGGAUCCAGUGCUUCAAGUGUCACGGCAAGGGCCAUAAGGCUAACCAGUAUCCCAAUGUAAAGACCCUGAUACUCCGAGAUGGUGCUUACCUCACUGACGAAGAACAAUCCAGCUCCAGUGACAAGGAGAAUGACAAGGAAGAGAUCGAGAUGGAAGAUGCCCCACCUGGAAAGCUUCUAGGAGUUAGUAGGAGGGCCCUUACUCUUGAGCAGGACCAAGACAGAGCCAGCGGGAGAAUUUGUUUCGCUCUCGCCGUAUUGUGAAAGGUAAAAUCCUCUCGUUGAUAGUUGAUGGAGGGAGUUGUGAAAACGUCAUUAGUCAAGACACGGUGGAUAAGCUCGGAUUGAGCACAACAAAGCACACUGAACCCUACAUUUUGCACUGGUUAAACGACUAUGGGGCAAUUCGGGUGACAAAGCAGGCCAAAGAACACUUCGAAAUCGGAGGAUAUAAAGACGAGCUUGAAUUUGAUGUGGCUCCGAUGCAGGCAGCUCACAUACUGUUAGGGAGACCUUGGCAGUUCGAUCGGAGAGUCUGCCAUUACGGCGGCACAAACCAGUAUAAGGUCCGGCAUCCAGGGAAGCAAUAUAUGCUCCAGCCACUAUCGCUAGAGGAGGUGAUGUAAGACCGGAGACAAAUGGAGGCCAGUCGGCGACAUUCGAAGGUCAUACCCAGUGGGGAAGGUUUUGAGGAUCCUCGUGGACUGAUGCUUAGUAGGUAUAAGAAGGUGAGGAAGGUUCGACGUCGACGACCCUGUAAACCGCCGCUGGAGCAGGGCAUGAGAGAGGGUGAGUUAGCCGAAACAACUGGUGAAGGUUCGAACCUAUCUGCGACUGCAGACACGAUGCAAGACACCUCAGAAGGCUCGUCCGCACCCUCGACUGAAGUGGUUAUUCCUCCAGUGCUGGAUCCAAGUUGAUCUAAAAAUGCUCUGAAAAUGGCGAAACAUGACAAAAAAUCGAGCCUAUUGGUUGGGACGACUGGGAGUGAUUCGACAGAAAUGGCUGGUGUAGGAUUGUUGGGUAUGAUCCCAGGAAGCUACAAACACGAGCUGAUUUGCCCGAAGAUGCCUAAAAUAAAAACACCCAAAUCAAAUUUGGCCAUUUUGGGUUCUGGAAAUUCGAAGUUCGUCGAUGGCGGGAAACUUCAAAUCAUCGAUUCGAUGGCCACCGUGAUGAAUCGGGAUGGGUGGCUGGGUCAGAAACUUAAUUGGGACCAUGAUAGAGAUCAUGGGUACACUAAAUUAGACUGGGCAUGCGUGAAUCAAAAAGCCCCAAUUUCGAGCACGAAGAACAUUACUUCGAUUUCCCAGAAGUGCCAGUUUGGGACCCUCUUUGUCGAUCCAAUUUGGGAUCGAUUUUGUUAUACAUUUGAGGAAAGGAGGGCCAAAGUUUUGUGGGAAACUUUUUCAAGAGGGGGGGGGCUUGAUAUGAUCACAAUAGGAUCAAUCAUGAGGUUUCAAUUGCUUGUCCGAGAAGGAAACUCAACCAUGGAAAAGAACCCUGAAAAUUGUAUAAGUCAUUUGGCCAAUUCAAGAUGCCAGGUUUGCACGUCUGAAUCUUCUUGUUGGAUUAAUGAAAAUGCAAGAUUAAG